UCAGUCCUUCCUUAUGGUUUCCAUGAAAGAGUUUAUUGGACGAUGGAAACUAGUCCAUUCGGAAAACUUUGAAGAAUACCUGAAAGAAAUCGGAGUUGGUCUUCUUAUUCGUAAAGCUGCAUCUUUAACAAGUCCGACAUUGGAAAUUAAACUAGAUGGUGACACUUGGCAUUUCAAUCAAUACUCCACGUUUAAAAACAACAAGCUCGCUUUCAAAAUUAGAGAGAAAUUUGUUGAAAUUGCUCCGGAUGAGCGAUCCUACAACACUUUGGUUACAUUCGAAAAUGGAAAGUUUAUCAGCCAUCAAGACAAAAUAAAAGAAAACCACCACAGCUCUGUUUUCACAACUUGGCUCGAAAACGGAAAACUGUUGCAAACGUAUCAAUCUGGGAGCGUCAUUUGUCGUAGAGAGUUUGUCAAAGAAUAAUCUAUAAGGGAUAACAAAUUUGUUAAAUAGAAGUUUCAUUGAUAUUAAUAAAAAUUACAAGUCUCAAAUUGAUUUUUUUCAAUCAAUAAAUUUUUGAUCGC